AAUAAAUACGUAGAUAUAUAUAUUUAUUAAUAUUUUGUGCAAUCAUCACGUAGUAUGUACAAAUAUGUCUUCCCUCGAAGGUCGUUAACCAGUUCAUACAUCUGUAAUGAUUCACUAUCGGGAGUCAAAGGUCAGGCAGAAUGAAACACAAUGCAGUGUCUUGCAAGACCAUCUACUUGGAGCUAAAUCCACCAUCACCGGAGCAGCUGUCAUUUCUAAAGAAGUAUGGAUACUUGCCGGAGGAGCAAAGCGACGGCGACGCGGACUUCGCGUACACGCCGCAGUCUGUCGCCGACGCGCUGAAGAAGAUGCAAGCCUUCGCCGGCCUGCCGGAGACCGGCACACUCGACGAAAACACCAAAAAGCUUUUCAGAACAAAGCGGUGUGGCGUGAAAGAUAUUGAAUCGUCUCCGUCGCCUGCAAGGAGUAAGAGAUACAUUUUACAACAAGCGUGGGAUAAGAAACAUAUUACAUACAGAGUGGUGAACGGGUCUAGCACGCUGGGCAAGACCCGCGUGGAGCAGCUGAUGGAGGUGGGGCUGGAGAUGUGGGCGCCACACGGUGGACUCACCUUCUCGCAAGUCGACUCCGGACCCGGCGAUAUUGAGGUCACCUUCGUGAGUGGAGACCACGGAGACGGAUUUCCAUUUGACGGGCUUGGGCGCGUGGUAGCUCACGCGUUCCCUCCCCCUCACGGCGCGAUGCACUUCGAUGAUGACGAGCUGUGGGGAGACAACCCUGAGGAGGACGAGGAGGACGUCACCGACUUCUUCGCGGUCGCGGUGCACGAGAUCGGGCACGCGCUGGGCAUGUCGCACUCCAACGUGAAGGCGUCCGUCAUGUACCCCUACUACCAGGUGCCGGUCGAGAGAUUGCACAUGGAUGAUAUACUGGGCAUGCAGGAACUGUACUUAAAAGAUCAGGAGGAGGUAGUGGAGAGUACGGAGAGCCCGGCGGUGUCGCUGGUGCCGCGCUUCACGAAGGCGGUCAGUGAAGAGGAUGAGAACUACAUGCCCGACCUCUGCAUGACAAACUACGACACGCUGCAAGUCAUACAUGGCAAGAUAUUUGUGUUUGAGGAGGAGUGGGUGUGGGUUCUUCGCGACAGAAACGAGAUGGAAGAUGGCUACCCUCAGCGCUUCCACGACGUGUUCCGCGGACUUCCUUCUGAUGUUACCAUCAUCAAAACUAUUUAUGAGAAGCAAAAUGGAAACAUUGUCAUAUUUUCAGGUCGGACAUAUUGGGAAUUCGACACCUCAUUUCGGGCCAUAAAAGAAGGAACUCUAUCGGAUUACUCCAUACCUGACCGGGUGUCGGAGCUGACGACGGUGUUCCUCUCGAAUUACAACAACAAGACGUACCUGAUCGAGGAGGAGCGGUACUGGCGGUAUGACGAGCAGGCCAGCAGGAUGGACCGCGGCUUCCCUAAGGAGAUGUCCAUGUGGAGGCUUGUACCGUACCCCGUAGAUGCCGCCAUUAUAUGGCAAGGAGACACAUACUUCUUCCAAGGCCCACGAUUCUGGCGGUUUGACAACGAGCUGGUGCAGGCCCACGAGUACUACCCGCUGCCGACGGCGCAGGUGUGGUUCAACUGCCAGUCCACCGCCGACAUGGACCGCUAUAUCACUAACGAUGGGCCCUGAGUGCCGGGGAAUAGCUAAUACUAACAAACAUGUACUGAGUGACACUCACACAAGUGUCUUCCUUGAGUAUCGGGCUUUUUAUGUGUAACGUAGAGGCAUUUUAGAACUCCACUAAGCACAGGGCUGUUCUUGACUACCGCUUUUCUUGACUAUCAGUGACCAUAUUUUUGUUAUUAACCCAGCCAAUAUGUCCGCCUUGCAAUUUUUAUAAUAAAUCAAUAAAAUAAAAAAAAACACUCAA